UAUAAAUUAAUUAAUGGCACGCAGAAGGGCUGACCCCGAUCGUUUCUUGGAGUAUGAAGAAUUCAAAGAUCAUACUGGUUUUACUAUUUAAGAGGAUGGAGAUUAUAUAGAUUUCUAUUAUGACUAAUAUAGGGGUUGGUUUGAUGAAUUUGGUAAUUACUAUAAUUCAAAUGGUGAACCAACUAGACCAAAUUAAAAUAGCUUGAAGUUUUGGGAUUCAAUCAAACAUAAAUGUAAUAAUUUUAUUUAACCUGUUUUAGAUUCUCAAGAUGAUAUAGAUGAUUUAUUAAAUUAAUAUGAUGGAGGUACAGAUAGUGAAGAAGAAUAUGAAGAUGAUUAUGAAAGGUUAUUGAUAAGAUUUAUUUUAGAGAAUACCAUAAUAAAGCACAUAUGGAUAAACUAAUUAAGAGAUUGAAACAUUAUGGAGAUUAGGAAGAAAUUAAAAUUAGAUUUAGUCAUAAUAAAUGGAAUACUAAGGAAAGAGAUAUUAUACAAAUGUUGGGAGCAUAAAAUGUGAAAUCAGUUUAAUUUGAUUUUUAACUUGGUAGCAAUUACAAAACUGGAACAGGAAUUAUUAUAGCCGUAAAUAAAAAGUGUGCUGAGCAAAUUAUUCAAUCGCACAAUAUUGAAAUUAAUGGUCAACCUAUCUCACUUGAUAUUGAUGCAUUAGAUAUAAACGAUUCAGAUGAUGAAGUGAUUGGUAUUUAAAAAGAAGAUCCAUUAUUAAUUAAACCAUAAUAAUAAGUUUAAUAGUAAUAAUAAUAGUAAUAAUAAUAACAAUAAUAACCAUAACAAUAAUAAUAAUAAUAACAAUAAUAAUAAUAAUAACAAUAAUAAUAAUAAUAAUAAUAAUAAUAAUAAUAAUAAUAAUAAAAAGAAACUUGGGAAAAAGAAUUUUUGAUAGUUGAGGGAUUUCCUAACAAUGAAACUAAGGAGAAUAUUAGAAUAUGGUUAAAUUAAAAAAUAUUUCUUAAUUAAUAAAUUCAAGAUGAACAAAUUGAAAUUAAAAUAAAGGAAAAGAAAAUAGGAAAGUAAGUAGACAAAUAUGUAGCUGCAAAAUUAGAUUUAGGAUUAAAAGAAAAAAUAGAAGAGGCUAAAAAUUAAAUUGAAAAAUGCAACAUGUAUCAAGGAAAGAGAAAGAUUUCCUGUUUCAUAUUCAAACCUCCAAAAUGAAAUUAUGAUUUAUUUAAUUUCUAU